GUUCCGUAGAUGAAAUGGAGGAAGGCGAGGAGAAUCUAACUGAUGACAACAAUAUGUCUGAAAGAGAAGCAGCAGCUUCAGUCCACGAUGAAUCAGCAGACUGUGAUACAUCAAGUCCUUUUUAUAGUGAAGACCGAGGGUUGCAGGAUGUACCAAAGACGUCUGAAGAACAGGAAGUGAAGUGGUCAACCGUCAAGAGAAAGGAUUCUGAAAUGUGGCAUAUGCCAGUAUCUGAAUACAGCUCUGCAGCUGAAAGACGAAUGGUGCUGGUUAAAACGACUGAAAGUAACAGUGAGUGAAGAAUCUGCUAAUUGUACAAUCUACUGCAAAGAUGAUCAAAUCUGGUGCAAAACCACAAAACCAAUCACUGAAGGAGAAUGUUUGACAGCGAUUGUUCAUCCUUUGCAUCAGAGUAACAGUUACCCGGUGUUAAAUCUAAGUGUUAAGACGGAGACAGUAAAACCUGCAGAGUGCUCAGAUCAAGCAACGACCUACCCUGCUUCAUUACAUUCUGAUAUCCAGCUUCUUCCUCAGCAAGCAGGCAUGGCUGCAAUAUUAGCGACUGCAGUUGUCAACAAGGACAUCUUUCCUUGUAAAUCCUGUGGGAUUUGGUAUCGAAGUGAAAGAAACCUACAAGCUCACCUGAUGUAUUACUGUGCUAGCCGGCAGAAAUCUACAUCGACUCCUCCAGAAGAAAAGCUCAAGGAUCCUUCUCCACAUGAGCGCAUCUGUCCCUUCCCGCAAUGCAACAAAAGCUGUCCCAGUGCCAGUUCCCUGGAAAUUCACGUUCGUAGUCACAGUGGUGAAAGGCCAUUUGUGUGUCUAAUCUGUCUGUCAGCAUUUACAACAAAGGCAAACUGUGAGCGACACCUGAAAGUACACAUGGACACCCUAAAUGGUAUUUGUCAUGGCUGUGGAUUUGUCUCCACCACAAGAGAUACCCUGUACAAUCAUCUACUUAUGAAUCAUAUGACUUGCCAGCCAGGUUCAAAGGGUGACUCAUAUUCACCAAGGUCAGGCCUACCUCCCCUUCCCUUGACAGAUGUGAAAGUGGCACAUUCUUUCCUGAGCCUCAAAUGUAACCAGUGUGAGUAUGUUGGGGAUUCUGAAUCAAGCUUGCAACAACAUAUGUCAUUGCAUGUUGUACAAGACACAUUUCAGUGCAAUCAAUGCCACAAGAAGUUAAGAAAUGCUGUGGAAUUAGCCAAACACAUGGAACUUCAUCAAGACAACGAGUCACAGAACAAUAUGGAGGAAACAAAGGAUGAAGAUGAUGGGACAUCUCCAGUUUUAAGUAGAGAAGUUCCUGAGGAGCUUAAUAUAGUAGUGAAAGUCAAAGAGGAACCUCUCAGUUUGCAGUGUGAAAGUGAAGGUGAUAGGACUAUGGAGGAGGGUCAGGAAAAUCCCAUUCCUGACCGGUCCUCCAAUGUUUCCUCACCAAGAAAUACAUUGAUAGCAAAAGUGAAAUCGGAAUGUUCAAGUCCGACGCAAGCGUCAAGCCCAGUCCACUGUGGGACAGGUUCAAUUAUGCCAGAAGGCACUGUCCUAAUACCCUAUAUGUUCAAUCAUGAAACAUCUACAUUUCCACAAGCUUCAGAAAUUUUAGCCAAGAUGUCUGAGCUGGUUCACAGCAGACUAAAGCAAGGGGUCAACAAUUAUCCACUUCUUUAUGCAGGAGCACCUAUUCAAAAAGGAGCAACAUGCUAUGAAUGUGACAUUACAUUCAAUAAUAUCAACAACUACUUAGUGCACAAACGGCUCUACUGUUCUAGCAGGCACCAGCAAGUAGACAAUGCUACUGUUGAUGAGACAGCAAAGGAUUCUACAUCCAUAAGUAGAGCUGAACAGCUAUCUCAUAGUCCAGCUUCAGGAGUGGAAAGCCAACAUGCCUCUUCCUCAAAGACUGAUUCUGAAAGAGACCUAAGAAUAUCAAAUGUUGAGAGCAAACCACCAGAAGUCAAAAAUGAGGACAGCGCCAUGAAGGAUACCUCAUCAGAAGGGGAAAGCCUAAGUAGAUUUAGUGAGGGCAGUCGAAGUCCAAGCAACUCUGUUGAAGAUUUUGAUGACGACCCUUCCAAAACUGUUUGUGAAGCCUGCAAUAUAAGAUUUACACGACACGAAACCUAUGUUGUACAUAAGCGUUUAUAUUGUGCUUCGAGACAUGACCCUCCUGUUCGUAGGCCAAAUGCAGGAAAGGUGGCGUUCCUUCAGCAAACUGUACGUACGCGUAAACGUAGAAAGUUGUAUGAGAUCCAUGGUUCUAGUCAUCAGCCUCUUCUUCCACCUUCCCCAAAUGAAGCAUCUGUCCAUAGUCCUUCAGCUGCCAGCCUUCAAAGCACUGGGCUACCUAACAAUGUAGAAGCACUGAAAGUCAAGCAAGAAGCUUUCUCACUUUCUUCAAGGUCAACUGAUUCUCUUUCCUUAUCAACAGGUUAUAUGUUAACAGCUCAGUCCAGUGCAACAUCAUCACCAAGUUCAAGUUCAGAUGUUGAUGGACCAAUUGAUCUUAGCAGAAAGCCUCGUAUUCAGGAAGAACCAUUGAUUCAUGUUUCCCCUUUGCAUCCAGCCUCUCAUCUGUCAACAGACUAUCAUGAAUGUACCUCCUGCAAAAUUAGUUUUAACAAUGUAGAAAACUAUCUUACUCACAAAAAGUAUUACUGCUCUGCAACUACUCUUCAGCACAGUAAGGUAGAGAAUCUUGCCAGAGUAAAGAUGCAGGCUUCUGCUACAAUAAAAGCUAAAAAAAAUAGGAUGGAAAUUACAGACCCUCAGCCACAGAUGCAAACAGAGGAAUUGAAAAAGAAAGAUAUAAGCACUAAAUGUAUUUUAGAAAGUCCAAACGUAGUACAUGGCUCUAUGACUCCAAACAACUCUCCAGGAAUGUAUCUCAAUAGUCCAGAUGCUUUGCAGGAUGGGACUCAGUCAUCCUCCCACGUUAAGACCUUCUCAGGGCCUCAGCGUGCUCAUUCAGUCAUCUGUCCCUAUUGCCCACUUAAUGGACCAAUUGAAGGAGAUCUUAUUGAUCAUUUUAAGAACGCUCAUGAUUUCAAGCAGCUUUCAACUGGACACACAACAGAAGGUUUCAUGCAGGAUAUUUCAUCACAGAGUAAACUCAUGACGAACAAUAUUUCUGAAGUCAGUCCUCAGAAUUUGAGAGCUCCUGCCUCAUCUUUCAAGUCAGGUGCACAAACACUGAAGAAUAUCCCAAAUGCCAAAGAUCAAAGAGAACCUGUCUGUUCCCAAUCUUCAGUUGAAAAUCCUUUGCAGAACAUCUCACCUAAAUCUUUAAUAACAUCCUCUCCUAACAUUGCUUUGAAAAUAUUACCAGUGCCUGACAGCCCCAGGAACCCAGGCUUUAAAUUGAUCAGCCCAUCAAUUAAUGUUGACAAAUCUGUUCAGACAGCGAUGUCACUCCCAAGCCCAGUGCAAAAUGGAAAUCACAGAUACUGUCGUUUGUGCAACAUCAAGUUCAGUAGUCUUUCAACGUUUAUAGCUCACAAGAAGUAUUAUUGUUCUUCUCACACUGCAGAACAUGUCAAAUAAAUUCUUGCAUCUGCAAGCUGUAUCAUGAAUGUUUGCUCUGAAUUUUAGCACAAAUUAACUAACACCUCAAUGUCUUUGUGCAUUUGCUGUACAGUUUAGAAACAAUCAUGAAAACAAAACAUUGGUUUCUGGUGUUGAAAUGUUAACAACAUUCCAAUCUUAGUAAGUUAUUUGAAAUGGCCCAGGAUGGUGAGUCAUUUGUUGAAUAAAAAUCUCUCCUUUAGUUCUACCUUAAAUUGGAAUAAUUUUCAAAUUCUUAUGCUUAGCUGGUAAAGUGCAGUAAAAGAUUGUACUUUUCUCAGUUGACGCACUGAAUAUGGAGGAUAUGUUGUAAUUAAAUCUUCCACAUCUGUUUACAGGCCCAGUAUUUAAUCUGCUCCUUUUGAAGAAACUGUGUGAAAGAGGCAUUUUUACCAGCUGAAUAACAUAAUAUUUCAUAUUAAUCUCCCAAAUCAAAUUAAUUAUAUAUUGAUUUUCUUCAGAAACAUUUUCAGAAUAUUCCAUGUGCAACCUUUUGGUGAGUUUAUAACAAAACAAUGUUAUAUUUUAAUCAUUUUAUGACAAUCUAGCACCUAAUCUCCCUUCCAUUUGGGGGAGUAGCCUGCAGAUUAUGAAAUGAGAAAGCAAAUGUUUGGGUUAGUUAAAAGCAUCCCACAAAUUUACUUAUUGAAGAAACCCAUAUUAAAUUCUCUAGGAUAACAAGUGCUGGUUGAAUAUCCCUCUUCUGAAGGAAUUUUAAUGGAAUAUAACUUUGUCAGUGUUCUCAGUCUUCAGGACAUCCCAUGACAUUAAAAAUAGCAUUCCAGCCAUGAAUUCCGACCUUCCCUCACUAUUGGAUGUAUUUUCAUUCCAGGAGAGGCAUGACUUUGAUAGGCAGAUUGGCCAGAAUUUAGUGUGACAAAUUCAGUGUUCGUAACUCGAGUCAAAAUGUUGGAUAUGAUUCCUAAGAAACAUUGAAAGUCACACUUUAUCCUCUCAAUUUUUAUCUCGCAAGUACUGACAUUUGAAUACUACUGAAAUAAAAGAUCACUAGGGGGCAAAGUAGUUUAAAACUAGUUUGUGUAGAUUUAAUGAUACUUUAGCUAAUUAUUUAGUUAGUGCAUGAUAAACCCGUCAUUCUUCAUUUCAGUACAUUCAAUUGUCAUAAUAUCUCUAAUUUUUAUUUAUUAGUGUUGUAUUUAUUAUCAGGGUUUACAUGCCAAGACAGCACUAACACACAAAUGUGCUGACAACAGC